AUAGGUUUAUUGGAUAAUGUGUUAAGUGAUUACUUGUGGGCAAAGGCCAUCCAUCUGACAACAACGACUGUAGCAACUGCUGGUCUUACAAUUCAGGUUCCGAUUGCUGCCAUUGUUGACUCACUCACUGGCAAUGCCCCUCAUCUCAUGGAUUACAUUGGAGCUGCUGCUGUCAUGGUUGGGUUUGCUGGAAUCAACAUACCAUCAGAUGCUUUCAGCGGAACCCAAACAAGCCAAGAACUAGCAGUAGAAAAUAAUGAUGUGUCUGAUGAUCAUUUCGAACUGCCUAUCGAGAGAAAUAGGACUUCUCUUUCAUAGCACAGUCAAAUUUCUCUUCCAUGACUAUCUAUUAUUAUUUCAUUAUUUUUUUGAUGCAUCGGCAAAAUAUCAUCUUGAUCAUCAGAAUUGUUCGAAGCUUCUAUUGAUGCAUUGUCCUGGCAAGCUGAGUUAUCGAAGAUCCAGAUUUCCAGCAAAUGCAAAUGUAUGGCACGGAAUGGAUGAAGUACAUCCUCGGUAUUGUUUUGGGUUUGUGCAAGAAUUCUUGGGGUUAUUUCAAAUGUUAAACUACAGAAUUAAUUGGAUGAUUUAGAUGGAUGGUUCUGUCAGCAAGUGUAUAAUAUAUACAUAAUGUUUCUGCACAAGCUUUUGUUUUAUAAGGUGCAUGGUUGUCUUCCAG